GAACUCCGACCAUAUUGGUGGGUCGGAGGCAACUUCCAGCUUGCAUCAUCUAUCGGAAUUCCGCUCCUGCAACAUUCGAAUCAUUGUCACAUUGAUUUGCGGCAAACAAUUCGCCUCAGAUGAACUCGACCAACACAUCACCUCCAAAGCGUAAAUCUGCGCCUUCACGUAAAAAGUCAUGUCUGCAGUGUGCAAAAUCCAAGAUCCGCUGCGGCAACGAACGACCAGCUUGCGCUCGCUGUGUCUCAGCGAAACGCCAAUGCAGAUAUGCAGCACCGCCUGAAGGUCCCCUCCCAUCGACUGUCAGCUCUCGACAAAGCGUGCCGCCGCUUCAAAGCGUCGCGACCCCUUUACCGCUGUCAACCGCCUUGACGGACCCCACUGAUAUUCUUCUCGUGGGAACGACACUGGGCAGCCCAUCGACGCCUCUUGCGACACAAUUGCGGGCGUCUAGCAACGGCGUUGAUACUUCUCUAGACUUCUCAAACUUGGACCUCGUUCCUCUUGCCGACGCAGACCAAAUCCGCGAUCGAUGGCUGCGACCGUUUUGCUCCGUUGGGGAGCAGGUACCUAAGAUAUUCCUUCCAUACACGUUACAGUAUAUCAGCUGUGUGCUUCGGGCAUACCCAAGACAGAUGACUGAAGAGAACGGCAUCCCCCCAAUAUUCCAUCCAAUGCAAAUAGCUGAGGGCAGUUCACCUGUUGCACUGGCAAACUGCUAUAGCUUGGUUCGAUUGUGGCAGCAUCGGGCAACUGGGAGUGAAGCAAUUGUUGCAGAAACAAUUCAGCGGGAGAUGGACCGACUUGCGCACUAUGACUCGAAUGUGGAUGUGGGAGAUCUCGACACCCUCGCCGCUUUUCAAGCGUACCUCAUCUACUCCAUCAUGGCGUACUUCUUCCCCAUCCAAGGAAGCCCUCUUGUCAAUGAUGCCACAAUGGUUACUUUGCAGGAGAUGGCUUUCCGUACCGCGCAGAGCGGAUUGUUCUCUCAAGCCGAACUUGGCCGAUCACGACCAAAGUGGGAAUCUUGGAUUGUUGUUUCGGCAAAACGCAGGGCAAUUUUCGCUUUCUACCUGCUCAGCAGCGUGUACAACGCGGACAACUACGUUCCUAACUUCCUAGCGGAGGAGCUGAGAGAAGUCUAUGUGCCAGAUCCAAAACGGCUGUGGGAGGCAAGGACUCGCAUUGAGUGGGAGCGCGAGUACAGUCAAUAUCUGUCUCGGUGGGAAGAUGGACAGCUGAAAAUCUCGGAACUCUGGUGGUCGCCGGAUACAGGAUCUGCGGAACGCCGGGAGAGGAUCGAUCGGUGGGUGCAGAGUGUGGAUGAGUUUGGGAUGAUGCUCUUUGCUAUCUGUACGCAUCUUCACGGCUAUUAGGCUUAAGCGGAUUGGCAGGAAGAAGUAGCCCUCUUUUGGGCUCCGUCAUGGCUUUUGUGGUCGAAGCACGCGUCCCGUCCUCUCUGUUGUGGGUCACAAGUCAGAGCAUCCGGAACUCCGGGUCUGUGAUGGACGUAUGGAGCAAAACCUGGUGAUUACUUGGAGACUGCGGCACGCGCCGUUCUGUUAGCCCAACCCGUCAUACAUAGUCCCACUUAACAGGUACUACAGCACAUAUGUGUUGGAAGCCAUGCAACAGAAACAGUGUGUUUCGUCUCUAAUCUGUACACGGAUAUGCUAGACCAUUUCGGGCAAUUCUAAUCACCUCUCUACUCUCUUAGUUGACCAUUACCAAAGCCAUCAACCCAAUCAGCCCAGCCACAAGCCCAAUCUCCGCCCGCCUGGCCCCA